CACAGGCACGCAGUCUCUGGCCAGGGCCGCCCUUGGUGUCGGUGGCCCGGUUCCCGCCUCCGCUCCGGCUGUCGUGCGGCCCCAGCACCUGUCGCUUGGUGUGUCCCGGAGCCGGCGCCCCUGACUCCGUCGGGGCCAGGGAAGGCCAUGGUUUCCCUGCCCAGGUCCCCUGCGACUAGCUUGCUGCGGUUUUUGUUCCUGGGGCUGACUACUCUCGCGUCCCCCUCGCGGGCCCAAGUGGAGCUGCACGUGCCCGCCGGCCUCACCAAGUUGCGGGCGGUAGAGGGGGCGGAAGUGGUGCUCCCGGCGUGGUACACCCUGCGAGGGGAGGUGUCUUCGACCAAGCCCAAGCCUUGGGAAGUGCCCACCGUGAUCUGGUUCUUACUGGAAGGGACGAAUAUGAAUAUGAGCCAGGUGUUGGCGCACAUCAGUGGGGUCACAUCAAGCAAACCUGGAGCAUCCCUGGUCUACCCCAUGCCCUCCCGGAAUGUGUCACUGCGGCUGCAGGGCCUCCAGGAGAAAGACUCCGGACCCUACCUCUGUUCUGUGAACUUGCAAGACAGUCAAGGCACUGUUCGAGGUCACAGCAGCAAGACUUUAGAACUCAGUGUGCUGGUUCCCCCAGCUCCUCCAUCCUGCCGCCUCCGGGGCGCGCCCCACGUGGGGACCAACGUGACCCUGAGCUGCCAGUCCCCAAGGAGUAAGCCCGCUGCCCAAUACCAGUGGGUGCGGUCGCCCCCAUCCUCCCAGGUCUUCUUUGCACCUGUUUUAGAUGCCAUCCAUGGGUCUUUAAACCUCAAAAACCUUUCCACUUCCAUGUCUGGAGUGUAUAUCUGCAAGGCCCACAAUGAGGUGGGCAGUGCCCAGUGCAAUGUGACCCUGAAAGUGAGCACAGGGCCUGAGGCUACGGUGGUUGCUGGAGCUGUCGUGGGCACCAUGGUUGGAUUGGGGCUCCUGGUUGGGCUGGUCUUGCUGUACCAGCGCCGGGGCAAGGCUCUAGAGGAGCCGGCCAACGAUAUCAAGGAGGACGCCAUCGCUCCCCGGACCCUGCCCUGGCCCAAGGGCUCAGACACAAUCUCCAAGAAUGGGACCCUCUCCUCUGUUACCUCGGCACGAGCCCUUCGGCCACCCCAAGGCCCUCCCAGGCCUGGUGCAUUGAGCCCCACACCCAGCCUCUCCAGUCAGGUCCUGCCCUCACCAAGGCUGCCCAGAACGGAUGGGGCCCACCCUCAGCCAAUAUCUCCCAGCCCUGGGGGGGUCUCUUCCUCUGCUCUGAGCCGCAUGGGUGCUGUCCCUGUGAUGGUGCCCGCCCAGAGUCAGGCUGGGUCUCUGGUGUGAUGGCCCAGCCACUCGCUGGCUGAGCCAUCUGGCUUCCCUCCUUCCUACAGGGGUCACCCCUAGCACAUAGGCCUGAGCCUUGGGAGGGUGGCCGCCUUCCACACCUCUGGUCCUCUGCCCCCACCUUUCUUUACUAUGGGAAAACUGAGUCUCAGUUAAGACCCAAACUUCCAGGAGGUAGAAGAAGAGGACGUGGACCUAGGAUUAGGAAGGCCCCACCCUGGGCUGUCUGUAAGACUGCAGUGGGAUGCUGCUGAGAUUGCUACCUCUGCCUCUCUCCCCCAUCCCCCAGGGCCUGGUAGGGACCGCCAGUCAACCAGUCCUCCAGGACCCCUUGGUCUGUACCCCGUCCCACCUAACCUCAUCCUUCACUCCCCCUCCAGCUCCCCGUGUCAAUAUAACCUGUCCCGCUGGUUUGGUUGGGUUUUGUUGGGGCAGGGGAUAAGGAAGAUAUUUUUUAUACUAACUUGAAAUGCAUGGUUUUGUUCUUAUUUUGCAAACUUCAAUAAAGAUACAUUGUGUUUGUGUGGAAA